AUGACGAAUGUAUUUGGGGUUCAAGUCUUCUUCAUUGUCUUUCGAGAAUGCUUAGAGGCAGUCAUCAUUGUCUCUGUCCUUCUCUCCUUUCUGAAACAAUGCCUUGGUCAACCAUCACAAGAUCCGGAAAUUUACAAGCGACUCAGACGACAAGUUUGGGUCGGGUCCAUAGUUGGGAUUGUCAUCGCAAUGAUCAUCGGAGGCGCUUUCAUUGGCGUCUUUUACGGCCUGGGCCAUGAUUACUGGUCUGAAGCUGAAGACCUCUGGGAAGGAAUCUUCUAUCUCAUCGCCAGCCUCAUCAUCACAAUCAUGGGUCUUGCACUGUUGCGGAUCAACAAGACCAGAGAGAAAUGGAGAGUCAAGAUCGCUCAGGCCCUGGUGGAGAAAAGCAAGUCCCAUUCAUCCAUGUGGGUGGGCGACUGGGCCCGAAGAUAUGCCCUGUUCAUCCUGCCGCUCAUCACCACUCUCCGGGAAGGCCUCGAGGCAGUUGUGUUUGUGGGUGGUGUUUCUCUCGGCUUACCGGCGACAGCAUUCCCAUUGCCCGUAUUCACGGGUCUGCUAGCUGGUCUCCUGGUGGGCUACCUCAUCUAUCGUGGAGGCAAUGCCAUGACCAUUCAAAUUUUCCUGAUUGCUUCAACAUGUGUCCUGUACCUUAUUGCCGCAGGCAUGUUCUCCAAAGCUAUAUGGAGCUUGCAAUUCUACGGUUUCGCGCAGAAGGUCGGCGGGGAUGUCGCCGAAGAGGGAGACGGACCGGGAUCCUAUAACAUUCGCCAAACGGUGUGGCAUGUCAACUGUUGCAACCCGGAAAUCGAUAACGGAUGGGAUGUGUUCAAUGCUCUGUUAGGUUGGCAAAACACCGCGACGUAUGGGUCGGUCAUCUCAUACAACGUGUAUUGGAUCUUCAUCAUGAUAGCCAUCGCUUGUAUGCUGUAUGAAGAACGAACGGGAUCGCUACCUCUUCAGAAACAGGUGUUGUCAUGCAUGACUAAGAUCCCAGGAUUCAGACGAUAUGCGAAUCGAAGGCUCAAUUCGCCCAAGCAGAAUGCUGGCGAAAUCAUCAGUCAGGUUCAGCCCGACACUUUCCAUCACGGAAUUACGCAGAGACCACUCGCUGAGAAAUAG